UCAUCAGAGUCACAGCCCAUCUCCUUGAGAAACAAAACAAGCAACCAUGAUCAGCUCCAAGAAGCUGGCUCAACUUUCCAAAAGGUGGCAGGGUAUUGGUGCCAUCGGGCGAAGAAGGGUGACAACAUCGGACAAGCAUAUCCACCCAUCAUGCAGCUCUGUUGCAGGCAAGGGUCACUUCGUUGUCUACUCCUCCGAUGGGAGCCGAUUUGAGAUCCCCUUAGCGUGCCUCCACACGACGGUCUUCGAGGAGCUCCUGAGAAUGUCUCAGGAGUUUGGGUUCACAAGUGAUAAGCGGAUCACACUGCCUUGUGAUACAGCAACGAUGGAGUAUGUGAUGUGUUUGCUUAGGAGAGAGGCCUCAGAAGAUGUUGAGAGGGCACUCCUCAGCUCCUUAGUGAUGAUUUGCCACCACCCAAGCAGAAUGAUGCAACUACCCAGCAGGCUUAACCAGCAAAUUGCUGUGCACAGCUCCUGAAAAGUGAAGAUCUGCGUUUGUUUUUUCUUUUUUUCACCUUCCAUCUUUUUUUUCCCGGACGUA